ACAGACUCCGCGCUCCCCAGAGCCCCUUUUGCGCCUUGGGGCCCCUGCAACCCCAACUUCCCAGCCUCCGAGCACCGCGACGAAACCCAAAGGACCUCGCCGCCCUCUCGUGGACAUGACGACCCCUGCCUGGCCCCGGCUCCCGCACCUCGAGAUCGCUGUGGUUCCGACGCUCCUGCUCGGCUGGGUCCUUGUCCAGGUGGCGGGUGCUGAAGGCAUUCCAGUUAAGCCAUAUAAUUUAACUUGGAAAUCAACUAAUUUCAAGACAAUCUUGGAGUGGGAACCCAAACCCAUCAAUAAUGUCUACACUGUUCAGAUAAGCACUGCAUUAGAAGAUUGGAAAAGCAUAUGCUUCUCCAUAACAGCCACGGAGUGUGACCUCACCAGUGAGAUGGCUCCAAACGUGCAACAGACAUACUUGGCAAGGGUCAUUUCCCUCUUGCCAAACAGCACCGGUUUUCUUGAGGACGCUGUCUAUAGUAAUUCCCCAGAGUUUACACCUUACCAGGAGACAAACCUUGGACAGCCGAAAAUUGAGAGUUUUAAACUAGUUGGGACAAAACUGAAUGUGACAGUACGCGAUACACAGACGUUAGCCAGAAGCAAUGGCACUUUCCUAAGCCUUCGGGAUAUUUUUGGCAAAAAUUUACAGUAUAUGCUUUAUUAUUGGAGAAGUUCAACUACAGGAAAGAAAACAGCCAUGACAAACACUAAUGAGUUUUUGAUUGAUGUGGAUAAAGGACAAGAUUACUGUUUCUUUGUUCAAGCUGUGAUUCCAUCCCGAAAAGAUAACAAGAAGAGUCCAGAAAGCAUCACUGUGUGUACAAGACAAGAGAAAGGAAAAUUCAGAGAAAUGUUGUUCAUCGUGGUACCAGUGAUUUUGGUCAUCAUCGUUGUCAUUGCCCUGUUCCUGUUGGUGUGCAAGUGCAGAAAAGCCAAAGCGAGGCAGAGUGGGAAGGAGGGCUCACCAGUGAACAUUGCAUAAAGGAAGAAGCAUAGUUAGAGUUGAUUCCUGCACGUGCUGCAUUGCACAGUGACCAAGAAUGUCUCAGAGAAUGUGUGUAAGCCCAAAUGGGCAUGGUGCAUGAAGCCCUUUGGGCUCAGAAAACCUCCUUAUAUGACCUGUUACUACACUUAGCAUUCUGGUUUUGACAUCAGCAUCACUCACUUUGGAAUGUAACAAACGGUACAACCAAUUCCAUGUUGUUUUAAUUUGUAACACUAUGGCACAUUUUGCACAUUAUCAUGCCUUAGAAUGUAUAUUCUGGGCUCAAAAAGAAACUAGGCCACCAGGGUAAAAACAAUUGAACAGAUGCCUGAAAAUAUCCAGGGUAGACUUUGGAAGAACUUUCAAGAGACUGACUUCAAAUGAUUUUGGAAAGCAAAAUGAAAAUUGGGUACAAAAUUUAAAUGUACAUCUGUUCUUUUAUAAUAUGGUGUUUAGAUUCUUUUUUUUAUUUCUAAGAGUACUUUUGUAAGUUCAGAGCAAUUGGCAAACUUUUAUACUGUGUUAAUACAGGGGAUAUCUAUUUUGGGUACCUUUUUAAUAUGCAUUACAGUUUAGCACUUUAACUGACUCAAGUGGUGUUUAUUAAACAUCUGACAGCUAACUAUAUUUUUAUAAGACUACUAAUAACAGAAAGUACAUAAAGUUUAUGAUCUAAGGUACUUAAAGCUUAUAUGGCUAACAUUGUAUAUAUUUAUGUAAUUUUUUAAAAGGUUUUAUAUAUUGGGAUUUUCUAUUUAUAUAGAUUCUAUUUGUAUAUAUUGAGAUAAUUUAUUCAGUAUACUUUUAUAGAAAUAAAGGUGACUUGGGAAAUGAGA